AUGGCCGAUCGCCUGACUUGCGUCCAACGGGUAAUGCCAUUUGUGGCAAACGUCCCACAUCCUACCCCGGCCGUCAACACCCUUGCCCAGAAGAAGCAGCAACCACUUCAGCAUCUGCAUCCGGAAGUACGUGCAGGGGUUGUGUUUGACGCCGCUUCAAUCCACGAUCCGCAGAAGCAACCACCGCAGCGGGGCACGCACGGAAACCCGCGGAACAGCAACAACAGCAGCCAUGACAGCAAGGCCAAGCAGAAGCCCUUCUUCCGCUCCCAGCAUGCCCAGCCCUUGGGCAACAUCAACAUGGAAGGAGUCCGCAAUAAGACGCACGCAAAGAAGAUCGCCCACGUGCAGCAUCGACACACGCCAUACCCACAAGGGUGUCAAGCUCGGAAAGGGGAGGGCGUCCCAACCCGUGCUGCAUACGCGCAGAGGCUGGCCACUUUCUUCGUCGUCGGCUUUAUUGCCCCCUUCGUGAUCCAGCUAGCAGACGAUGAUGACAUGCUUGAGGUUGACAUCACCACAUCCUCUCCUCAACACUCUGCGGCCGUCCAAAGCCUACCCGCUUCAUUCCACAGAACACGCGGCGAUGAUGAUGAUGACGGUGAUGAUGCACGACACCCGCACAACGGAAACAAUGGCAGUGGCAGUGGCGGCGGCGGUGGCGGUGGUGGAGGCGGGCGUCGCGAUGGUGGUGAUCGAAACAGACGUCGCAAGCGCCGCAAGCGCCGCAAGCGUCGAAGGUCAACAUGCCAGAAUCGUCGUGGCUCAAAGCAGAACAAGAGUUCGUGUGGCACAAGCAGGAAGUGUCGCUCCGCCCACAUCACGUCCAGCGCUCAACGGCGCCUGCUGCAGCGGACACACCCGCUGACGAGCCACCGCCGCGGCUUUGCGCAGGCGAGGGCUGCCUUUCGGCGGAACCGUUCCCACCGCCGUGGCUGA